UCCCUGAUUCCCUGCAUCUCAAUUUAAAUCCAUAUAUAUAUACACACACACAAACUCAUGGAGAGAUUUAUUAAAGAAACGCUAGAGACGAUGAACACAAGAAACGAAGGUGGUUCCGGCACCGGCGGCAGCCGCACGCCGUCGAGUUCCCGGCGAAAGCCAGACCUAAGCCUACCACUUCCCCAACGAGUCCCCAGCGUCGCCGUCCCUCUCCCUCUCCCUCCUCCUCCGUCCUCCACCAUCUCCUCAUCGUCGGUGCCUUCAACCUCCCCAUCUUUCACCCAAACAGUGAACUUCUCCGAUCUUGAGCGUGUCCGCCGCGUAGGCUCCGGCGCCGGAGGCACCGUCUGGAUGGUCCGCCAUAAACAGACCUCCAUGAUCUAUGCCUUGAAGAACAUUUACGGCAACCACGACGACAACGUCCGCCGCCAGAUCUUCCGUGAGAUCGAGAUCCUCCGCACCGUCGAUAGCCCCUUCAUCGUCCGCUGCCACGGCUUCAAUGACAGCUCCGGCGAGAUCCAAGUCCUCCUCGAGUUCAUGGACGGUGGCUCUCUUCAAGGCCAUCGCAUCUCCAUCGAAUCCCACCUCUCUGGCGUCGCCCGCCAAGUGAUCUCCGGCCUUGCCUACCUCCAUAGCCGCAAGAUCGUCCACCGUGACAUCAAACCCGCUAAUCUCCUCAUCAACCAUCAAGGCCGUGUCAAGAUCGCCGACUUCGGCGUCAGCCGCAUCCUCGCUCAGACUAUGGAUUGCAAAUCCUCGGUUGGCACCAUCGCCUACAUGAGCCCUGAGCGCAUCGAUACUGAUCUCAAUCAAGGGUUAUACGAUGGCUUUGCUGGGGAUAUUUGGAGCUUUGGUGUUAGCAUUCUUGAGUUCUAUCUUGGGUAUUUUCCUUACGGUGCCAAUCUCCCUAGCAAGGGUGAUUGGGCAAGCCUUAUAUACGCUAUUCGCUUCUCUGAUCCUCCUCAAGUCCCGGCUACAGCGUCUCCUGAGCUUCGUGAUUUCAUUGCUCGGUGUUUACAGAAAGAGCCAAGAAGGAGAUUCACUGCUGUGCAGCUUUUGCAGCACCCUUUCAUUACUAAGUUUCAGGUUCAUCCUUAGCUUUUUGGCAUAUUCUUUUUUUCUUCUUCUUCUUCUCCUCUCCUAAAGUUGGAUCUUGAUACUGUUUUUGGUAGAGUUUUUGAUGAUUAUCCAAUUAGCUCAUUAAAUUGUUUCUCUUCUCUCCCAUUCCAUUCCAUUCCAUUCCACCUAAACUAAUAGCAAAGCAAAAGGAGAAAGGACUUUGUGUUUUUUUGUUUGUGUAAAGAAAGAAGGAAAGAUUCUUUGACAAUGUUUUUGGUAGGAAUUUUGGUGUUCUUUCAUUAGCUUUUUGUAUUGCUUCUUUUUUCUUUUUCUUGUUUUUUUUUAAAGUAAUGAAGGGAGGAUUGGAUACUUAUCAAAUUUUUGGUGAAAAUUUAAUGUUUCACAAUGAGCUCAUUGAGAUUCUUCAUCUUUUUUUCUCUUUAAAUUGCUUAUUAAUCCUUUUCAAUUUAGCAUUCUUUAUAGAAAGUUUGGAUCUUUGAUCCUGUUCUUAUUAGAAAUAGGAAAGCUUGUAUCUUUAUCAUGUUCUUGGUUUUAAAUAACAAGAGGUUUUUAUAUCAUUUUAUUAAUAUUUUUCCAAUAUUUUUCUUUUUUUUUUAAGGAAAAUAUCUAAUGCAAGUUGGAGAAUUUCUCUCAUUGGCACUAAGAAUCAAUUCCCACAAACCAUUUCUGUGCAUCAUUCUCAAUCUCUCCUUUUCCCUUGCUUUCCUUCUUCUGCCCCUCUGCAUUGUUUUUUUUUUUUCCUUUUCUUUAGAUUUACCCUUAUCUCAACAGCGGUCAUUAAUAUAUAUAUAUGUGUGUGUGUGUGUGUGUGUCAAAGCAUAGAUAAUGAAAAAGAAAGACAAGUGAUAGAAUGGAAUAUAUUUUGAUUUUUACACACAUAUCUUUGUAGCAUGAGAUGCAAUGUUUCCUUUUCUUUUUGUUUUUUGGGAAUAAAUGAUACCA